AUGAAGAUUCUGGUAUUAUUGAUUUUUCUCGAGAUUUUCGGUGAGUUAAACAUUUUCAGAGAUUGAAAAAAUCCACGUGGAUCUACAGUACUCUAUUAAUUUUCAUUUCUUGAGAUUUCUGAUAAGAUUUAAAAUAUUUAAGUAGUGGGGAAUCUACGUGGCAAAGUAAGUAUCUCUAUAAAUUUUUAAAGUAGUGAACAAAUACCAUGUGGAUUUUUCUUCAAAAAAUAUAGACUUGAAAAAUUGGAUCUUCCGAUAUGAAAUAGAACGAUGCCUUAAAAUUUUGGAUUUCGUGAAUUAAAAUGAACAUAGGCUCAAAUUCUGGCACUAACAAUAAAAUUCGAAAUGUUUUUAAAUUGCCACAUCAUCAAAGUCACGUUUGAAAUUUCCGCAAUUUUUUUUAUUUUCAGAAUUUUGCAGUGGAUUAAUGUGAAAAUAAAAUGCACAUGAUUUUUAUCUAGAAAAAUGUCAUUUCUCCAAAAAUUAUAAACAUUUCCUUUGUUUAGACGCUUCUGACUCGCCAAUUCGUUUUGUCAAAAAAAGGAUCGAAGGAGGGCUCAAAUUUUCAAGGGUAAACAUUUUCUUCAACACAUUUUUCCUUCAAAAUGCAAUGACACAUGACACACAAAACAUUUUCAGACACUUUUAUACACUAAUAAAUCAAUCGAGGGUAUUCAACCAACAUUCAAUUCACAAAAAAUGCAAGAAAUGUCAUUGGAACUUUUGAUGGUUGCCGAUUUUUCGACAUAUUUAGCUUUUCUUGAAAUGUCGAAUGGAGAUGUUGGAUCAGCUCAACAUUAUUUGAAUAAUUAUUUGAAUGCACUUUUUGAGCAAGCAAAAAUUGUCUACGAUGGAAUUAAAUUCGGAAAUGAUACUAUGAAGUUGAAAUUGGCUGGAAGAUUUAUUGCGUUAAGAGAAGAAGAUUGUCCACUUUGGCUAACUUGGGAAGAAGUUGAAUUGGAAAAAAUACAAAAAAUUGAGAAUAUUUUCAAUGAGACAAAUGUUGAAGAGGAUUUCAACAAUAAUAAUUCAACAGAUUUUGAUUUUGACAUUGAAUCAAAUAUGACAUCGGUGUCUUCUUCCAAAGUUUCGAAAGAAAAUAUUCAAGAAACAACGAGACUUCGACAUUACGUUGAAACAAAUUUUGAUGAACUUCAAGAACAGAAUAAUACUGAAAUGUCGCUUCGAAUUGAUGCCAAACUGGCAGUGGAUAAAUUUAUGGUUUGGAUCAAGGAACAUCAAAAACUUCUACCACAUCACGAACACGCCGUUCUUAUUACCAAAUUCGAUUUGAUUAGUGUGAAUGGGGAUUCUUCUACACAAGGAAUGGCAUAUGUUGGAAAUGUGUGUCAAAUUGGAAAAUCAUCAAGUGUGGUUGAAGAUAUUGGUGGAUCAUUAACUGCGUUGAUUGCAGCUCAUGAAAUUGGACACUCGUAAGUGUUUUGGUCAAAAAUAUUGUAGAACAUAGAACAUAAUUUUAGUCUAGGCGCUGCUCAUGACGGAUCUUUUGAAGCUCCUCAAUGCGAUUCAAAUGAUAAUUAUCUUCUUGCCGCCUUAAUCUCUGGAAGUUCUGAUCGACUAAGUUUUUUGAACAGCCGCAAAAUGUCAAACUGCUCCAUCGAUGCAAUUCUUGAGAAUUUGAAAGAUCCAGAUGCGAGUUGUAUCAGAAAAUGGAAAUCGAUCUCAAAAACUUCGAAUACAACUUCAGGCUUCGAUAGAAAACCUGGAGAGAUUAUAAAUGUAUAUCAACAAUGUCAAAUUGCUUUCGGACCAAAUUUCGGAAAUUGUUUAGUAAGUUUCAAACAACUUUUGAAAUUUUUUUUUUGUUUUUGGAAAUUGACAUUUUUCAGAACAACGGUUAUUAUUAUGGAAAAAGUAUAUGCGAGCGAAUUUGGUGUGGAGAGCGAAAAAUUGAUUCCAAUGGUCAAUGUCAAACUCUAAACUAUUUUCCAGCUUUUGAUGGAACUGAAUGUGGAUAUAAUAUGGUAAAACUUCUCAAUUUUCUCGCUUUUUCUAAACUUUCCAAGUUUUCAGUGGUGCAUAGCUGGUGAAUGUGUGAAUAAUCCGAAAAAAUGGAUGGAUUGCAAAGAUCUUAACGCAAAAACAUGUUCAAAAUAUUCGCCAUCAAAACUGAAACAUUUCUGCAAAUCAAAAGAUUUUCGUGAUACUUGUUGUCAAACAUGCGCCAAAAAGGGAAACAAAAAAUCUUCAUAA